AGAUCGGCGCGCAUAUUUGCCGACAUCGCACAGCGCGUUGAGCCACCGCGAGCGCAGCUGGCGCGAUGUUGGGCGGUGGUGGCGGCGGGGGGUGAUGAUCACCCGCGGAGGGGCAUGACCCUACAGAGGGGUUCAACUCCCUUGUUCCCCUCCUAAGGAGGGGGGCGAAACCUACGACGACGGCGGGUGGCGGUGGCACCUCGGCGCAUCCAGGUGUGCGCCCUUUCUCCAAGGCCGUGCAGGAUCUUGAGAGAAGCGGUUGCGUCGGCGCGCGCGGUCCCUCUUGCCCCCCUCUUACCCGACGUCGAGGCUUCUUUCCCCCAUUGGCUCUGCCAAAGACAACAGGUAAAAGAAAGUUCUCAGCGGGUCCUCGCUCCCUCUCUCAGUCUCUGCAACGCUCUCCCUCGCCAUACUUUCUUUUUCGUUUUAUCCCGCGCGGGCAACCCGACUGCCGCUAGACCAUAGCAGAGCCGUUUGCCGGCCUGCAGCCGAGAGUGAGUGCGCCGCGUCUGUAUCGGAAGCAACCAGCAUGUCUACCGGAUUCGGUCUCAACAUCCUCGUCUGCUCCUGCGUUGCGAUCCUGUUCCAAAGUCAUCAUGCGGCACAAGCCGUGCCGACAACGAUCGAGCCGCCGGUGCAAAGGGAGCUCCAGCCGGAGCCGGGCAGCCUAGGCACAACGACAGAGCAACCGCUGACAUCUACAAAUGCACCGCGAGUCGCAGACAGUCCCGGAGUCUUUGUGUGUGGUGCGCCUUGCAAUGAAUCCUUCCCGGUUCCCGUGUGCGGAUCCAAUGGCCGAGUGUACAACAGCGAGUGCUCCAUGAUGAACGCCAAUUGUCGGAAACAGAGGCGUAAGCGCGGCCCCUACGAACCGGUGCGCGCGGUGGAGUGGGAGCGCUGCCGCGGCCGGCACCCGCUCUGCCCGGACAAGUGCCUCGACAUCUACGACCCGGUGUGCGGCAAGGACGGGCGCUUCUACCCGAACCUCUGCAUCAUGCAGCGCCGGAACUGCGGGAAGGUCGUUGGUACCCAGACGUUGGCCGUUUGCAUAGCGAGCGCCAGAGAGGCCCGCAAGCUGCAUUCGUGUCCCCAGGACUGCUCGGAGCUGUACGAACCCGUGUGCGGCUCUAACGGCGAGGUCUACCUCAACGAGUGCUUCUUCAAGAAGGAGACCUGCGGAAGCAAGGAGCCCGUGCAGCUGGUGCCCCUGAACAGGUGCCUGGAGCCCCCCAAGUGCCCCAAGCGAUGCCUGCCCAUACUGGACCCCGUGUGCGGGUCGGACGGACAGCGCUACCUCAACCAUUGCCGCAUGCAGCAGAGAAACUGCGGCCGGAAUGUCGUCGUCAUGCCAAAAAGCUUCUGCUCGUGACCAUCUCCGUGUUUGUCUUGUUUUCUUUUUGUUUGGUUACCAUUUUACGAGAUUCAAUAAACUUUUUUUCCCAAAA